UCAAUACUUGUUUUUCUCUCUACAAUCAAACAGUCGAUAUAUAUCCAUGUCUCUAAGACCUGGCCAAAAAUUCGUGCAAACAGCCAUGCAUGAGAAUGAGCAUGAAUAUGGGGAUGAAUCUGGGUCACCCUCAAAAUCCAACAGACGCAGAUGGAGGUUGGCUUUCUUGGCCAUAUCAUUCACUAGUGCACUUCGUUUUCUAGCCAAGAAUGUUCAUGAAAACAAAGCAAACCUUUUGCGCUCCCUAUCCUAUGUUGCCAUUGACGUCCAACCCUCAGCCGACGAUGGAGCUGACGAGCCUGCUGCUGGUAAUGAAAACCUUUCUUUUCUUGAUAUUGAUGCGGAAGAUCUUGCUGAUAUUGUUAGGGCUAAGAACUUUGAGAGUCUCAUGACUCAAUACGGAGGAGUCGAAAGAUUAGUUGAAACUCUUGAAACUGAUGCCAAAAGCGGUAUUAAUGGUACUGAUUCUGAUUUGAUACGUAGAAAGAAUGUCUUUGGAGCCAAUGAAUACCGAAGGCAACCUAUAAAAAGGUUUUUGUCUUUCCUGUUUGAUGCAUUUAAAGAUACCGUAAUUAUUAUACUCUUGGUAUGUGCUCUGCUCUCUUUAGGUUUUGGUAUCAAACAACAUGGUUGGAAAGACGGAUGGUUUGAUGGGGGGAGUAUUAUUUUCGCAAUCUUUCUCGUGGUCGUUGUCUCUGCUGUGUCUAACUUUAAUCAGUCUAAACAAUUUCAAAAACUUUCCACACAGAGUAGUGACAUAAGUGUUGAAGUGGUUAGAAAUGGACGACGCCAUCCCAUAUCCAUCUUUGACAUUGUAGUGGGUGAUGUCGUUUGCUUGAAAAUUGGUGAUCAAAUCCCAGCUGAUGGACUAUUUUUGAAAGGUCAUUCUUUGAAGGUGGAUGAGUCGAGUAUGACCGGAGAAAGUGACCAUGUAGAGAUCAAUGCCUCUGGCAAUAAUCCCUUUUUGAUAUCCGGAACAAAGGUGGCAGAUGGGUUUGGAACCAUGCUUGUAACUUCUGUGGGCAUGAACACUGUUUGGGGAGAGAUGAUGAGCUCAGUAAGCAGGGACUUGGAUGAGGAGACGCCUUUGCAAGCACGACUCGAGAACAUGACAUCUUUAAUAGGAAAGGUUGGUUUGUCUGUUGCUGCACUUGUUCUUUUCGUAUUGAUGGUUCGAUAUUUCACGGGGCACACCACUGACGAUAAAGGAUUGAGGGAAUUCAAUAGCAGCAAAACUAAGUUUGAUGAUAUCAUGAAUGUCGUUCUAGGCAUUAUUGCAGCAGCAGUGACCAUCGUGGUGGUGGCAAUUCCUGAAGGCCUGCCUCUUGCUGUCACUCUUACACUUGCUUAUUCAAUGAAGAGGAUGAUGAAAGACAAUGCAAUGGUUCGAAAGCUCUCUGCUUGUGAGACAAUGGGGUCAGCCACAAUAAUUUGUACUGACAAAACAGGAACUCUCACUUUGAAUGAGAUGAAGGUUACAGAGGUGUGGAUUGGCGAAAAACAUUUGAGUGAGAACAGCGCAUCACAGAUGUCUCCAACUGUUAUUAGCUUACUGCAGGAAUCCAUUGGUCUAAACACCACGGGGAGUGUUUAUAAGCCAAGUCCUGAAUCUAAUACUGAAAUUUCUGGCAGCCCAACUGAAAAAGCAAUACUAUCAUGGGCAGUUUUCAGUUUGGGAUUGGAUAUGGAUGAAGUGACUUUACAAUGUGAUAUAAUCCAAGUAGAGGCCUUCAAUUCAGAGAAAAAGAUGAGCGGAGUUUUAAUCAAGAGAAGACACGAACAAGCUCUUCAAGCCCACUGGAAGGGAGCUGCGGAAAUUGUCCUCACCAUGUGCUCCAAUUAUUAUGACAGAGAUGGAGUCAUUAGGCCGUUGAAUAAUGAAGAAAGAAAAUGUAUUGAAAGAAACAUCCAGAAUAUGGCAGCCAAAAGCUUGAGAUGCAUUGCCUUUGCCCAUAAAAAACUUCAAGUAGAAAAUGGACAGGUUGAUGAGAAGAAUAAAGAAAGUGGACUUACUUUACUUGGUGUUGCAGGUCUGAAGGAUCCAUGUCGACCAGAAGUUAAGGCUGCCGUGGAGACUUGCAUUGCUGCUGGUGUGAGCAUUAAAAUGAUAACAGGCGAUAAUGUGCACACUGCAAGAGCUAUAGCAAUUGAUUGUGGGAUUUUAAAGCCUGGUGAGGAUUCAGAAAGUGAAGCUAUAGUUGAAGGGGUGCAAUUUAGGAAUUAUUCACCAGAAGAACGAAGAGAAAAAGUCGAAAGAAUUUGCGUUAUGGCUAGGUCAUCCCCAUUUGACAAGCUUCUAAUGGUCCAAUGCUUGAAGCUAAAAGGUCACGUGGUUGCAGUCACUGGAGAUGGAACGAAUGAUGCACCGGCUCUCAAGGAAGCAGAUAUCGGGCUUUCAAUGGGGAUCCAAGGUACUGAAGUGGCAAAGGAAAGCUCAGAUAUAAUUAUAUUAGAUGAUAAUUUUAAUUCGGUAGUGAAGGUUCUAAAAUGGGGCAGGUGUGUAUACAACAACAUUCAAAAAUUCAUUCAGUUUCAACUUACUGUGAAUGUUGCCGCUCUAGUCAUCAACUUUGUAGCCUCUGUGUCUUCUGGUAAAGUCCCUUUGACUGCUGUCCAGCUUUUGUGGGUGAACCUUAUUAUGGAUACAUUAGCAGCUUUAGCAUUAGCCACUGAGAAACCAACUAAUGAACUCAUGAAGAAGCUGCCAGUCGGUCGAAAAGAGACUCUCAUAACCAGAAUCAUGUGGAGGAACAUCAUUGCCCAUGCCUUGUUUCAGGUGACUGUCUUGCUGACUCUUCAAUUCAAGGGAAGAUCCAUCUUUGGUGUAGAUGAAAAGGUAAAGAAUACAAUCAUAUUCAACACCUUCGUUCUUUGCCAAGUCUUCAACGAAUUUAAUGCAAGAAAACUAGAGAAGAAGAACAUAUUUGAAGGUAUACAUAAGAACAAGCUGUUUUUAGCAAUAAUAGGAAUUACCAUUCUUCUUCAAGUAUUAAUGGUAGAGUUUCUCAAGAAGUUUGCUAGUACUGAGAGGCUGAAUUGGGGGCAGUGGGGUGCUAGCAUUGGCAUUGCAGCUUUGUCUUGGCCAAUUGGUUGGCUUGUUAAGUGCAUUCCAGUUUCUUGAAACUACAUCCCGACCACAACUAGAUCCUGCAUGGUGAAUAAUAUAUACAUAACAAGGAGUUUAUUAAUGCUUAGGUUUUUCUUCACCCUUUUUUAUUUAUUUAUUUAUGAUUUUAUCCGUAUUAUUUCUGCUUUUAUCUUCUAAACCCUCUGGUAGUUUAUGUAAGUUUUGGUGUAUGAAUUUAUAUAAAUAAACGUAUUAGGUUUUUGUAAUGGCAAUUUAAACACUAGAAAUUAAGCACUAUUAUAUUCAA